AUGAUAUAAAUAUUUAUCAUUCUAGCAAUUGCUUUUUCUAAGCCUUUAAAUCCUAAGAAAGUGUUAUAUGCUAUAAAUUGUGGUGCUCCAUCAAAUUAUAAAAGUCCUUCAGGAAUUUAAUACGAAAAAGUAAAAAAGCUUUUAAGAUUAUUUCUAAGGAUAUAUAAACAGAUCCUGAAACAGUGGUAGCAGAUUACAGUUUGAAUUCAGAAGUGUCUAGUCAAUAAAUAAAAUAUACAAGAGAGCCUUAAAUCUAUUUAACAGAAAGACAUGCAUAUAAAUCAUUUUCAUAUCAGAUACCUUUGUAAAAAGAAGGCACUUAUACUUUGAUUCUUAAAUUUGCAGAAGUAUUAAUUUAUUUUUAAAUGAAAGAUGUACUUUGAUACGAAAGGAAAAAGAGUUUUUCAUGUUAAAUUUGGAGAAUAAAGAGUAAUUGAUAAACUUGAUAUUGUGGCUAAAGUAGGAAAGUUUGCUUCUAAUGACGAAUAUAUAGAAUUUGAAUAUGUAGCUGGUCAAGUGUUCUAGAAUGUAAUAUUUCCUUAAUUUUAAUAGAAUACUUUAUGUGUUGAGGCAGUUUAAGAGGGUAAAUUAUUAGUAAAUCUUGAAAAAACAAAAUUUGAUAACCCAUAUAUUCAUGGAAUAGUUUUAUAUGCAGGUGGAAUAAGUGAGACAGAUUAUGAAGAAUAUCAGUAUAUGAAAGAUAAUUGGGAAAAGAUUCUUAGUGAAGAAAAGAUUAAGGAAGAAUUAGAGAGAUAAAAAAAAUCUGAAGCUAAAGUUAAAAGAAAGGAGAAAGUCAAAUUUAGAAAUGAUCAUUUAAAUGAAUUAGAGAAUGAAUUUGAAGUUGAUGACUAAUCAUAAGUUACAAUUGCACCUUAAACUCAAAGAGUUGGUUUAAGAACUCUCAUCACUAGUCCUUUAGGUACUGCUGGUUUAUUCAUUUCAUUUUUUUUUGGAAUGUCUAUCUUUAAUAAAAUUAUAUCUAAAAUUUCACAAGUAAUUUUCAUUUGAAUUUUAUUAGGCUAAAAUUAAAGGAUACGAAAAAGAGGUUCCUGAAACUAAACCUAAAUAAGAAAAAUAAACAAAAGAAAAAAGUGAUACAGGGGAUAAAAAAAAUAAAACCAAGGAAUCAAAAGAGAAAUCGAAAGAUAAAUAAUAGUGAUGAUGAGUUAUAUUUGUUCAUUAUUAUAUUGUUGCAC